AUGUCCAAGUGGACCAAGUUUUUCAAAGAUCAGACUUUGAAUUAUUACUAUGGCUUUAAAUAUUUAGCCUACAGUGAAAGCUUGAAUUCUAAGAUUAUCAAAAAACUACGUUUAAAUGAAACUUACGAUCCUAAUAGGUUUUAUCUGCUGGACCUAUAUCCAACUAGGGGAACGAUGUCCCUCAGUUUAAACCAAAUGUUACUUCCUAUUAGACAUGUACUGAUGGAUAAUCACAAUAAAUAUCAGGACCUAUUGCAGUCUUUGAAGGAGGCAUACUGUCGAGGAGACUCAAUGGUAGUUUCUAGGAAAGACCCCUUUUCAUGGGAAUCCUACCUGGAACUGAUAGACGAUGAACAAGUGAUUUCACCGAGAAUAGAAAAAGAAAGCAAAUCAGUCAACAAAAGUUUACUGGUUCAUGCUAAUUUGUCGAAUGAUGCGGGAUAUGGACUACUUGUACAAUGGCUUGGAUGUUGUGCCCGUAGAAAUUGGCUUCAGAAGUAUGGGAAUGUUAGAAUGCUGAUUUGGGUAACUGCGUCCACUGCUAGUCACUUGCUUACGGAAAUAGGAUCAUCGAAACGUCGAAGAAACGCAUUGAACAUGGAGGCAUUUACAAACUCCACUUUAGUAGCUAUUUCCGAAAGCUCAAGGAAAGUUAUUGGUGAGGACAUUUUUAGCAAGUAUGCUCCAUUGGUUUUUGAUGACAAAUUAGUCUGCCAUUCUGUUUCGCAUGAUAGUGACCUGGCACUCAUAGAUAUACAGCCGUCCAACAACAUUGUGACUGCCGAACAAACAGCAGCGCAAAUCGUGGACCUAGAUGUUUGGGAAUACGUCGUCAAGCAGCUUUUUAUUCAGCCUAGAUUAACUAUGGAAUAUAAUAUACCAAUGUUAGCAGCUGGGGCAGGAGAUUUUAUUCUCCCUCGUCUGUCUGCACGAACUAGAAACAAGAGCACCGUUGACCUAACACCAAACGAUAUGUUGGAAAUUGUUAAGCUUUUUAGUUUAUGGCCUUUCAAACCCGACAUUAAGUUAGAAUUUGUAGAAGAAGAAUUUUAA